UUAACCAUUUGUACUGGUCGGCGGGUAGCUCGGGGGGCGAUGGUGACAUGGUUGAGCAGAAAGUCAUGAGCCUACUUCGUCACAUCCGAAAUGUUCACACAGGACAUGGGAACCUAUACAUGGAAUGUCAACAUGCACCUUUAGGUGAUGAGGAAAAAAGGAAGAAAUGGAUUUUUCCAGGACAGAGAGCGUAUGAUGAAUUGGAGAGUCUUUUCGAUAACUUUAGGUUCAAAAAAGACAUCCGAAAGCUCUCACCAUUAGAUCAGACAUCUGGAUUGGAAGGGUUCCACUCCCUAUUGAACCAUUUUGCUCCCAAGAUGCUGUCGUAUGGUUACAAAGGAAUUUUCUGCAGAAUGUUAUUAGCGGUUCUACACCGCAAUGCUAAUAGUGGAAGACCUCAGGCAAAAACAAAGGAUGGGUGCCUGCAAUAUGAGGUCCUGUAUCCUAGGGGGAAAAUGGGACAGCACACUGUUCGAAGAGUACGCUCUGAGCCGUGUUAUGCAUAUGUGAAAGUCUUGCUUCAGAAAGUUAUUUCAGAGGUUGAUGGCAGUUCAACCACAAGCCAGGGUGAUCUGUCACUGAUAUCAUCACCACCACCAACCUUGUCUUCCAGGUGUGAGAGGCCAGAUAAGGAGCUCGCAAUACAGGAGCUUCAAAGCCGUUUUAAUAGUUAGGUAUUGACAACUAGGGCUGUGGAGCCGAAAAAAAUUUACGCAAGCAAUUUCGGCUCUAACUUUUCAGGAAAUCAAAUUUGGCUUAUGCAAGCUUUUGUAGUUUUAGA